AUGUUUCUAUCUGAAGACAAUAACUUGGGAAUAUUUCUGUACGUGUUUCUGCUGUCAGCCUGCUACUAUUUGUGGCGGAGAUGGAACGAAAACGUCAAUUUAAGCGCUGCCCAUCUUGCAGGGAAAUAUGUGUUCAUCACAGGCUGCGACUCCGGCUUUGGACAUCUGGCAGCUAGGACUUUUGAUAAGAAAGGAUUCCGGGUGAUUGCCGCCUGCCUGACAGAAAAGGGAGCUGCCGACCUCAAAGCGGCUGCUUCCAAGCAGCUCCAGACAUUAUUGUUGAACGUGACAGAUGUAAAUAACGUCAGAUUGGUGGCAGAAAGUGUUAAAAAAGAAGUAGGGGAAAAAGGUCUGUGGGGCCUGAUCAAUAAUUCAGGGCUAAUGGGACCAUCCGCACCGACUGACUGGCUGAACAUUGAGCACUUUAGAGAGCCGAUUGAAGUUAAUUUGAUGGGCCUCAUAAACGUGACAUUAAAUAUGCUGCCCUUGGUGAAGAAAGCUAAAGGGAGAAUAGUAAAUAUAAGCAGUGUCGGUGGCUGCCUAGCAAUAUGCUCAGGAGGCUAUUGUCCAUCCAAAUUUGGGGUAGAGGCCUUCAGUGACAGUUUAAGACAAGACAUGAAAGCAUUUGGAGUGACGGUGUCUUGUAUUGAACCUGGGCUCUUCAAAACUCCUCUCUCUGACAAAACCAAGGUGUGGGAAAGAAAAAAGGACAUUUGGAGCAAGCUUCCUUCUGAUAUCAGGAAUCAGUAUGGCGAGGACUAUCUAGCAAAGGAUGCAGAACAGAAAGAAAAACUGGUCAGGCGGUUUCAGAACACGGACCUCUUUCUGGUUGUGAAGUGUAUGGAGCACGCCUUAAUGAGCAGAAAUCCACGGAUCCGGUACAGCGCAGGCUGGGAUGCUAAGUUUUUCUGGAUUCCCCUCUCCUACAUGCCAGCUGUUCUGCAGGACUAUGUACUGAUGAAAAACAAAGUUAAAUUGGCAGACCCAACGGCCGGGUAA